AUGAGGAUGAGCUGGUAUGAGGUUGCUACAAACAAAUAUAUUAACUUCUGGACUACAUUGCAAAACAAGCAAUUCUGCAAUAUUGAUCACCGUGCAUACUUUGUCCGACUCUUCGUUCUCUGGAGUACAGAUCUAAAGGGGUGGGCCGGUCAAGGUUUAAUUAAGGAUCAUAUCUGCAUCUUAGGGCGUCUGGCGAUUCUUGGCUUAGUACACUGGUCUUUAACACCACUGCUGAUGUACAAGCUAUGUGUUUACAGCCAUCAUAUAGGAUAUAAUAAAAGCAAAUAUAAAAAGCCUCAUGGUCCUUCCCAGUAA